AUGGGUCAUUUUGAAAAUUGCACCCUAGCUACUUGUCCGAUAAGUGAAGCCAAUCUGGAAUACCUGCCCAAUCUCCCAGCAAAUGCCUUCUUUGUCGCCCUGUUCGGUCUCAUCAUUGGGAUCCAGGUUCUUUUCAUGAUCAAGUACCGAACAUGGGGCUACUCGAUUCCAAUGUUUUUCGGCCUUGUUCUUGAGAUCCUGGGAUACGCUGGCCGGAUCAUGUUACACACCAACCCUUUCGAUUUCGACAGCUUUCUCAUGUACCUUAUCUGUCUUACCAUUGCCCCGGCGUUCUUCAGCGCAUCAAUCUACGUGUGCCUGGGCAAGAUAAUCAGGAUAUAUGGCGAAGACAUUGCUCGAUUCCGCCCACGAACAUAUACAACCUUCUUUGUCUCUUGCGACAUAACCUCUUUGAUUCUCCAAUCGGCCGGUGGUGCACUUGCGGCGAUUGCUACGGAAACUGAGAAUAGUCUUCGACAGACUGGCAUCAACCUCAUGAUUGCUGGUUUGGCCUUCCAAGUCGUCUCGCUCUUCCUAUUCAUCAUUCUGGCUUCUGAAUUUGCCAUUCGAGUGCGCAAGAGUCCUAAACCAGAAGAAAAUGAGUUUAGUGGUCUUCGACAGAGCUCAAAGUGGAAGAUGUUCAUCUACUGUCUUGGUCUUGCCACGUUGACAAUCUUCAUCCGAUCAAUCUUUCGAGUUGCUGAGUUGAAGGGUGGAUUCAACAGUGCUUUGGCCAAUAAUCAAGUCGAUUUGAUGGUGCUAGAAAGCUCCAUGGUUUCGAUUGCUUGCAUUGCUCUAACCGUUGCCCACCCCGGAACCAUUAUUGGCCGAGUCUGGAAUUCUCUGUGA